CUUAUCACUACACGUUAUCAGUGUUCUCAUUUAUCAUCUUUGCGUUACGUUACACUGUUGUUGUCUGUAUGGAACUAUGGAUAGUUCAUCUCUGGUCGUGUUACUAUACGAACGUGGUGAUAAAGCAACAAAAGAUCAACAAUGACGGAAGAAGGAGGUGUAGUCCUAGAACCAGGAACGGUGAUCAAACCCUUGAUUGACCACGACGGGGUCAAACUCCUUGCCGAAAGACUCUACGGCAUCUCAGUGCUCGAGCUCAUUGAACUGAAUGGCUACGAUGACAAGAACUACAAAAUAAUAGAAGACCCCAAUGUCAAGAACCCUUUAAUAACUAAUCACAACCCUCACGGAUAUGUCUUGAAGAUAAUGAACUCUAUGGACUCUCAGAACCUAAGUGUCGUGGAAGCGCAGAAUGAGAUUAUGAAUUUCCUUAUCACUCGUUCAGUGACUUGUCCAAAGCCAAUACGUAACAUCUUCGGCCACCUGCACUCCGUCGAGAGCAUCAGCGGCAAGAACCACGUGGUGCGACUGCUGGAGUACGUGCCCGGAGAGUUACUAAAGGAUGUGCCACGCUCCGAGUCCUUGUUCUACCAGCUUGGCGAGUUUGUUGCCAACUUGGACAACAAGCUGCAGAACUUCAACCAUUCCGGUUUGGUUUCCCGUGAGCACAUCUGGAUGCUGAGCAAGGUUCCAGAACUGGACAAGUUCAAGUACGCCAUCAAGGACGCUGAUAAGCUGGACUUGGCAGAAGAGGUGAUUGAAGAGUUCAAGUAUGCUGUUCUGCCUCGCUUUGACGAACUGGAGAAAGGUGUCAUUCACGGUGAUGUUAAUGAGAAUAACAUUCUUGUUGAGCUUAAACCUGGAGGCAGCAAAACCGACUAUCGUAUCUCUGGCAUCAUUGACUUUGGUGACAUUCAGUACUCCUACUACGUGUUCGAGCUGGCUAUCACCAUGACGUACAUAAUGCUGCUCACUGGAGAUCCCCGGUCAGGCGGCUACGUCCUCGCUGGAUACACCGUCACUAGAAGACUACCUGACGAGGAAUACAGACUUCUGAAGACGUUGAUAUCAUCCCGUCUGGUGCAAAGCUUGACCCUCGGCGCCUACACAAUAGAUCAGGAUCCAAAGAACACCUACGUCACAUCAACAGAGAGGGCUAACGGAUGGGAGUUGCUCAAGAAGAUCAGAAAGUCCAAACCUGACCCUGAUGACGAUCCGACCAAUUGGAAAGCAAUUGCUAAUGAAUUCUUGACUAGAAGCUAGAUUUUCUCGAAGACCUUACAUUUGUAGAUGUUCAUCUUUAUAGAUAAAAGAUAAUGUAUUGAUUUAUUAGAUACUUCUGUUGUAGUAUUGCUUCAAUAUCUUUUGGUAGGUAUGUAUAUUAUUUACAGUUAUGCUGAUAUAUUUCACCGUGUAUUCUGGUAUACCAAGCUUUUACUUUUAUUUGUUAUUUAGCUACUAUUUUUUAUUAUUAUAACUGUAACUAUUUAAUUUGUGUAAUUUAAUUGUUAAUUGAGCAAGUACCUAUUAAAUAAAAACUGGAAAAUGUUAAA